ACAUUGGGGUGUUGCCUUGUGUACUCAGGGCCCUGGCAGCUCAGUUCCUCCCAUCACCUCUGAAGGAUAGAUAGCAGGAACAGAAAGUAUCAGCGCUGUCCCGCAGCUACCAUUCAAGAUACAAAUACUGUCAACCAGACAAAAUGAUCCCUCUGCCACUGGCAUGGACACUAUUGACAGUAUAUCUGUGGACACCAGUCCUAGGUUCAAACCUGAUCCUGCAUCAAGAACCCCCCACCGUUCUUUACCCGAAGAUCCUCAGUACAGAGUCUAUUGAGUGUGACUGCGGUAACAUCUCCUGUGAAUAUGUCUACUGGUUCCGAAGCAUUUCUGAUCACAGCAAAGUACAGUUCCUUGGCAAAUGGAACAACGCUGGCCGUGCCAAUUAUGGGGAGGGUGUGGAUGAAGCACGGUUCAAAGUGUACAGGAGGAACAGCAUGUCCUUUCCGCUACGCAUCAUAAAUGUGACAGAAAAGGAUGCAGGGAUAUAUUCUUGUGUUCUUAGGGACAAGAAAAACACCGAAAUGUGGAAGACUGGAAUUCUUCUCCGGCCGGGAGUGGUCCCUCCAACCUUACCUCCAAAGGUAGUACCUAAACGACGACCACCCACCUGUCGCUGCACCAAGAAUUCUAAACAGGGCUGCGGCUCCCUGAUUCUGUGGCCGUUGGUUGGACUAAUUGCGGCCCUGGCUGUAGCUCUCAUCUGCAUACUUUACUACUUCAGCCGGCUACCAAAAAAAUGUCGGCACCACUUUGUGAAGAAGAGGAGGAUGACCUAAAUCACUGCAUGAACAGCUCCUGUACUCAAAUGGUUGAAGUGUUUUUUCUCCAGCCGACAUCCAGUCGAUGAUGAAGGAGGCGAUUCACCCUGAAGACCCGCUGUGCAAGUCACGUUUAUUUACAGCAAAAUGUGCACUCGGUCAUGAGUUUCAACAGCUUUAGACAUGUAAACUUAUUGUGAUAUUAUGAGAUCCACCAACUGCUGUUCUAAUCUCUGUGCUGUAACUUUUCUUCUGUAAUGUAUAUGUUGGGGGUUUUUUUGGGUCAAUAAUCAUUAUGCAGAUGACAUCAUCAUGUAUCUUUGUGCUUUUUUGGAUUCAGUAGGUUUGUGAUCUGUAGCUUUGAAUUUUUAGAUUAUUUAUUCAGUUUGGACAAAGGGCAGUAUUUUUCCUCAAAGCCUAAAACUAAAAUGAUUUUAUGUGCAAACUACAGAAUGUAGACCACAAAACACCGGAGAUUAAAUGAGGUAUUUUCCCAUCUGCUCAUCGGUGAUUUCUCUAUUUAUUAGUGUUCUUGUGUUUCACAGCAUUUUUAAAACACAGUUAUUUUAAAGAAAACAGCAUUGUCAAGUGGAUUUUCAUGCAUCGCUCUGUUGUAUCAAUAAAAUUGUAUAUU